UAUAACAAAAAUACAAAUUGAACAAUGACUGUGUUAACAAUUAAAUUUAUCGCCUGCUGUGUCCAACUGCUAGCAAUUGGUAAACAAAUUGUAAAAACAAACAGAGCUACUACACAGGUGAUUAUUGUGAAAAUGUAAAGUGACGUGUUGACUUUGUAGUUGUAAUAGAAAAUUGGUGUGCAUUGGAAUUUUCUUGAAUAUUGCAAAUUUGCACAAAAUUCCUUCGUAUAAUAAAAUUAUAUUUAUUUGAUGGCAAACACGUAAGGCGAAACGGUGUGAAUCAUUUGCAUAUUUGGAUAAAUUCACUGACAAUGGCGUUGCAAAAGCGUUUUGUUUAUAUGCUCACGCUUGUGAUAUAUGCUUUGUUAUGCAGUGUAAUUGCUGAACCAAGUGAUACUAAUGGCAUUGAAAAAUCAGUACUCAAUAGCAGCUUAACAAAUAAUACAAUAGCAUCAGUUGAAUCAGCCUCUGUUCAAAAUGCAUCAACCGGACAGAAUGUAGAUAGUAACAGUGGCGCAUCAAGCGUAGCCACCACGGAUGUGCAGAAUGCGUCGAAAACAAGUACAACUAAUAAAUUAAACAUUGCUAAUACAAACGGAACUAAGGAUACACUAAUAAAUAGCGGAAAUGCUACGAAUGGCACGCAAACAAACACCACAACAACUGCAGUAGUGACACCUGGGAACGCUACGCAGAAUGUGACAACACCUACUGCAGAUCCGCCACUACCAGAUCAACAUGCUGUGGAACAGGAACACAAUUCAUCUUUGUCACUUUUCUUCGUAAUCUGCGUCAUUAUGCUGGGCAUAUUGCUGAUACAUUCAAUGCUACAGACUGGAUUCCAAUACUUACCGGAAAGUAUAGUUGUUGUGUUUUUGGGCGCACUAAUUGGGCUGCUGCUGAAAGUUAUGUCGGGAGAAAAUGCUAGUUGGAAACGAGAGGAAGUGUUUUCGCCAACAGGAUUCUUUCUUGUGCUGCUACCGCCGAUCAUCUUUGAAUCUGGUUAUAAUUUGCAUAAAGGCAACUUCUUCCAAAAUAUUGGCUCUAUCUUAGUAUUUGCAAUAUUUGGCACGACAAUCUCGGCAUUAGUGAUAGGCGCUGGCUGUUAUCUACUUGGUGUAGCAGAGGUCGCAUAUAGGCUUGACUUCUCCGAAUCGUUCGCAUUUGGAUCGUUGAUAUCAGCGGUGGACCCAGUGGCGACUGUUGCCAUAUUCCACGCAUUGGACGUCGAUCCAAUACUAAACAUGUUGGUGUUUGGUGAAAGCAUUUUGAAUGACGCCAUCUCCAUUGUACUGACCACCUCAAUUACACAGUCGGCUAACACGCCCGCUAAUACGCAAGCGACAACCGGUGAGGCGAUCUUUUCAGCGCUGAGAACAUUUUGCGAGAUGUUUUUCGCAUCUGCCGGCAUCGGUGUUGUCUUCGCGCUCAUAUCGGCGCUGCUGCUAAAACACGUUGAUUUGCGUAAACAUCCCUCGCUGGAGUUCGCGAUGAUGUUAAUGUUCACCUAUGCACCCUACGUACUAGCGGAGGGCAUACAUCUGAGCGGUAUUAUGGCCAUACUAUUUUGUGGCAUUGUCAUGUCACACUACACACAUUUCAAUCUUUCCACCGUCACACAAAUCACAAUGCAACAAACUAUGCGUACGCUAUCUUUCAUCGCAGAAACGUGUGUUUUCGCAUACUUGGGUUUGGCAAUCUUCUCUUUCAAGCAUCAAGUAGAGCUAUCCUUCGUGAUAUGGUCCAUUGUGCUGUGCUUAAUUGGACGCGCAUGCAACAUAUUCCCAUUGGCAUUCUUGGUUAACAAAUUCCGCGAGCACAAAAUCACCAACAAAAUGCAGUUCAUCAUGUGGUUUUCGGGUUUACGUGGCGCCAUUUCCUAUGCACUCUCCUUACAUUUGGAUCUGCCAAAUGACGAAACGCGCCGUGUGCUCAUCACCACCACUCUCAUUAUCGUGCUCUUCACAACACUCUUCUUCGGUGGUUCCACCAUGCCAUUGCUGAAAUACUUGAAACCUGGCAAAAAACGGCGCUCACGUUCUGGACGCAAUUCGAACUCGGCGACUGUAGCACGUCGCGGCGCCUCGCGUUCACGCAAACGUUCCAAAUCCAUUUCGUUAUCGAAGACGCGUGAAUGGGGACAAGCCAUCGACUCCGAACACUUAUCCGAGUUGACUGAGGAGGAAGAUGUGUCAUUCGCGCAAACACGCGUCGGCGGUUUUGGGCGCAUGGACCGCAAGUUCUUCAUACCAUUCUUUACGCGGCGCUUCAACAGCCAAGAACUGCAUGAGUGCAAAUCACAAAUGGCCGAUUUGACUAACAAAUGGUAUCAAGCGAUACGCAUCAGUCCACUGGACUCGGAUGAGUCAGAUGAGGAGCUCGGCAUGUCGGCGAGCACGAGUCAGAGCACAUUGAGUGCGCCGCGCACCUAAAUCCUAACCUAGAAAAUGUCAGUUAAGGUCGGUGAAAUCAGGAACACAAUUGCCAAAUGAAAGCUGGGAUUUUUCGUCUAGUUCAAAGUGAAAGAGCUAGUUAAUUUAGUGUCAAGGGUGAAAGUAUUUUAUUUCAUAUACAUUUUAUUAAGUUAACGGUAUUUAUUUCUGCUUGCGGUUUUACUUUUAAAGGCUCAAACAAA